AUGAUGGAAACAGAAAAUUCCUCAUCGGGCGUCAAUGCCAAUAAUUUAGGCUCAUUACCAGAUUUUUCGAAACCUCCGCCUGGCAUGGAUCAAGCUUUUACUUCCUCGAAUAUUAAUUUAACUCCGAAUCGUUUACAAGCUUCGAUUCAAAACCAAAAUCAAAAGUUUCGACAACCUUUUCGACCACAGCACAACAAUAACAUGUUGAACAGCCUUCCCGAUGAUUUCGAUGGAAAACGUCUUCGUAAAUCUACUAUGAGAAAAACUGUUGAUUACAAUGCAGCCAUAAUAAAAGUUUUGCAAAAUAGGGUUUGGCAAAGAGAUUACAGAGACAGAAAAGCAUUGCAACCUGAUGUUUUAUAUUUACCUGAAGUAUUACCUCCUCCUGGUUAUAAAGAUAAUCCAAUUAAUGCUGUGACUACAAAGUUUGUGAAAACGGCAACUAAUAAAAUGAGAUGUCCAAUAUUUUGUAUGGCUUGGACACCCGAAGGUAGAAGAUUAGUCACAGGAGCCUCAAGUGGAGAAUUCACAUUAUGGAAUGGUUUAACAUUUAAUUUUGAAACAAUAUUACAGGCCCAUGAUAGUCCGGUUCGAUCGAUGGUUUGGUCAAAUAAUGAUGCCUGGAUGAUAACAGGAGAUCAUGCUGGUUAUUGUAAAUAUUGGCAAUCGAAUAUGAAUAAUGUUAAGAUGUUUCAAGCUCAUAAAGAAGCAAUUCGAGGCCUCAGCUUCAGUCCAACGGAUCAAAAGAUGGUGUCCUGUUCUGAUGAUGGAACACUUCGGGUUUGGGAUUUUGCAAGAUGUCACGAAGAAAGGGUAUUAAGAGGUCACGGGUCGGACGUUAAAUGUUGCGAUUGGCACCCACAAUUAGGAAUCAUUGCAUCCGGGACUGACAAAGAAGUCGGAGCAAUUGAUGCUGCACACGAAAGUAUUGUUUGGACUUUGGAUUGGCAUCCGUUGGGACAUAUUUUGUGCUCGGGAUCCAACGAUCACACCAAUGAAAUCGCGUGCAUACCUGGUAUGGCACCCGAAGAUAGAGUUGAAGGUUUACCACCGGUCGUCGGAGAAAACGUACCACUGUUUAAACAAGAAAGCAACGACGGAGUGAUUCCAGGUUUGGAAGAAGACGUUUUAGAUCCGGAAAGUAAGAAAAAGAAACCUGCGAAAAAACAACCUUAUGCCAAACCCAUCCCAAAGAAUUUUAUGGCUCAGUGGAAUGAAACUGGAAUGACUCCAGAGGAAGAGGAAGAAGCAUUAGAAGGUUAUGGUACGGAAUCAGUUUUGGAUCCAAUCAAUCAAUUAAUAAAUAAAUUUAUUGAACAACAACCAGGAGUUAAAAAACUGGAAGAUUUAGAACCGACAGCCGUUGUCGUUUUUGGAAAAGUUUUACCAGUUAGACCCGGUCAAAAAUUAUAUAAAAAAAUAUUCAAAGGAAGAGAAGCUUUAAACAAAUACAUAAGAUCGGGAAAAAUAAAAGAAUUGCAAGACGUGUUGCCCAUAAUGGACAGUGAUGGAGAAGGAGGUGAAUCCGAUUCUGAUUCAAGUUCAAUGGAAUUAGAUCCACCCAAUGAUGAAGAUGAAGAUGAAGACACUCAAAACAGUUUCCCUGAUAAUCCAAUGGAUUAUCUUAAAUCCGAUACGGAUUUCAGAAGGUUUAGUCGUAGCGGGCCGAUGGAACCGGAUUCAGAUUUUAGAAAUUUGGGUAGUAACGGUCCAAUGUUCGAUGAAGAUUUGAGAAAUCCACAAAAUAUGCCACCUCCUCUAAUGGGUCCCAAUUUUAGAAGUUUCGACGUGGAAGAAGAACAAUUGAGAAGGGAAAAAAUGAUGCAAGGAGAUGUUAGACAAAGAGAUCUCGAUUUAAGACAUCCAUACGGUAAUAACGAUUACAACCAGGAACCGAGACUUAAUUUUCAUCCUAGAAACAAUUACAAUAGCAGAGACAUGGAUUUUCGAAAUUACGAAGAUCGUAACAAUCGCGGACCAUUUCAAAGAAACGACAUGGAUUUCAGGAGUAGAGAUUACGAUCAGAGAAAUCGAGAUUACGAUGAUAGAUUCGACGACAGAGAAAAUUACGAUGUCGGAAGUAGCAAAGACAACAGUUUCGACGACAGACCGAGUUUCAAUAGUAGUAAUAACAUGUUUAAUCCGAAUCAAAGGUGGGACGAAGGUCCGUCGCAAGAUAACGGUAAUUGGGGUAAUAGGCCACCGCCGUUAAUGUCUGCCAACCUUUGGGAAAACAACGAUUUAGAUUUUAGAAAUUUUCCCAACAGAGGUUUUCAAGGAGGUGGAGGUGGAGGUGGUGGUGGAGGACCACCACCCAACAAUAAUUUCGGACCCAGAGUUAUGUAUUAUGAUAGGUGA